AUGGCCGAAGACUCAGUAACAGUGAACUUGACAGUGACCGCCACCCCAGCGGCUCCUCGCAUUCCUCUGACAAUCCCCAAGGAUGUCACACCGACCAGCUUGCGAAAGUUGACGAGUGAAGCGUCCAAGAUUCCAUUGGACAAGCUUCGUUUGAUUUUCCGGGGCCGCUUGAUUGGAGAUGACGACAAGAAGAAUGCUGUCACAGAGUUCAAACUCGAAGAAGGAACUGUCCUUCAUUGCAUGGGCAAGCCAGAAGGAGACACGACUACUGCUACGGCAGCAGCUGCACCAGCAGCCACGGCUUCAGCAGGAUCGUCCGUUACCAUCCAACCAACAGCGGCCGCUACGGCUCCUGCUGCUUCGUCGUCAAAUCCAUUGCAGGCAGCGUUUACCACAUUGCGUUCCAAUAAUCCUCCUCAAACGUACAUGACAGCCGUCACAACGCUCGAUAAAAUUCUCAACAAUAUCGUGACCAAUCCCAUGGAGGAAAAGUACCGUAGAGUCAAGAAACAAAACCCUGCGUUCCAGAAACGUUUGGGAGGAUUGACGGGUGGUGAUGCCGCCAUGAAGGGCGCUGGAUUCAUUGUGGAAAUGGACAAUGGGGAGGAAAAUUAUGUUAUGCAUGCCUCGGCGGAAAAGUGGCCAGAAUUGAUGGCGGCCAAAACGGCCGUCGAAGUGGCUGUGCGAGAUGCCAAGGCAGCCGCCAAUCAAGCUAGUGCUCCUCCUCCAGUUGUUCCACUUGUCGGUGGAAUGCCGAAUUUUGGAGCAAUGCCAGGACUUGGUGGUGGUGCAAUGCCAGGACUUGGUGGUGCUGGCAUGCCUCCAGGAAUGCAACAAAUGAUGAGCGAUCCCAAUUUCUUGCAAAACAUGCUGCAGAAUCCAAUGGUUCAGAAUGCCAUUCGAAACGACCCACGAUUUGCUGGAGACCCAAUGAUGCGACAAAGCAUGGAGACACUUGCGAACAAUCCUGCCAUGGUUCAGCAAAUUGCGACCAUGAUGAGAGAUCCUCAAAUGCAACAACGCAUGCAGCAAAUGGCCGCCGCCGGAGGAAUGGGGGGCUUUGGGGGUGCUGGUAUGCCUCCUUUUGGAGCAGUACCCAACAACAAUGCUUCGCCAGGAACCAACAACAACCAGCAACAGCAAAAUGCACCGGGAGCCAAUGAUCAAGACCAGACAGAGGAGGAAAUGAUCGCUGAAGCCAUCCGACGAUCUCUGGAAGAAGGGGGUGCGUAG